GAAAUCCAUGUGCUAUACACCCGCUAUUUAUACCCCCACAAACUAAUUCCUUUCCUCUCUGCUGUUGCGUUGCGUCUUUCAUUUCAUUUCACACUGAUCCCUUCCCUUUCUUCAUUCUUCUAUCGUCUCUGCCAAAACGAUGCCGUUUGCUAUGGAGAAUAACGGAGGAGGAGUUACGAUCGGACGGUCCUCCUUCGCCCACUGUGUCGCGAUCUGUGAUCGGGAUUUUCCGGCGGAUGAUUCCGACUCCAGCUCCGACUCCUCCAUCGGAAGGAACAGCACCUCGUCGGAAGAUUCCUCCGACCGGGAAGACGCCGGCGAAGUUGAGGUUCAGAGCUCCUUCAAAGGCCCUUUAGAUACCAUCAACGAUCUAGAGGAAGAUUUACCCGUCAAGAAAGGCAUAUCCAAGUUCUAUAGUGGCAAAUCCAGGUCCUUCACAAGCUUAGCAGAUGCUGCAGCUGCAAGUUCUAUGGAAGAGAUUGUGAAGCCAGAGGAUCCUUAUGCCAAGAAACGCAAGAACUUAAUAGCUCGUAACUCCUCAAUUGAGAGGAGUCGCAGUUGCGCAAAUAUUGGUGGAAUAUCAAAGCAACCCACAAACAUAGGUCGAGGAGGAACAUCUUGUCUCACUCUGAGCUGUAGUGAAGAGGGUAGUAGCUCCACUUCAAUAUCUCCUCCAUGCCCUCUUCCUCCUCUUCAUCCGCGCGUUAUUAAUAGGUCAUCGCUGCCUCAACCGUCUUCUUCAACCGCACGAAAUCCUCCUUGGAGGUCAUAUUCCUGGACUGAUCUGCACUCUGUUGCUGAGGCUCAUGAUAUAUCUGGUUUGGCUAUUUGUAGUGGAAACUAAGUGCACUGAAUUUUUGGCACCAAUAUAAGCUUUUAGUUCAUAGCCAGUGUCCAGUGCCUAGCGAGUUUAGUUCACAUUUGAGUUUGUUUGUAACGGCACAGUACUUUGUGAACUUCUCAGUGUCCUAUGUGUACCCACCUGACUAGAGUGUUGUAUAUUGUUAUAUCUCAGCCUUUGGUUAUCUUUUACUCGUGCGGCAAGCCUGCUUAUCAAGUUGAGAGUAAUCACAAUUUGCAUAGAUAACAUACUUUAACAGGUUGAGAAUAAUCAGAAUUGGAGAGAAUCUCAAGAUUUCAUAA